GCAAGAUUUACUGGGGAAAAACACAUGACAGGGACGCACUUGGAAGCUUCACGUAGCGGGACACAGCGACGUAAAACCCAGCGCACGAGAGGCACAAGCGGUGUGGAGAAAUUUGCACUUCUCUGGUGAUUUUCCAGAGCAGAUAAAGAGCACAUUUUAAAGAAAACUCCAGACCAGAGCACAGUUAAAUCUCCCUGGUUGUUUUGGUGAGGCUGCAGACAUGAGUGAAGACAAACCCGCAGAGACCCAGGACCCAGGAGCCGUGGAGAUGAACGCCAUCCCCAACGGCAAAGGCCACGACGGGGCAGACGAGAUCUCAGGGUCGGCCAAAGAUGAUGGAGAAAAAGGGGAGGCAGUGGCCAAUAGUGCGAGUUCACACAAGGCCGAAAAUGCUGCAUCCAACCUUCCAGAGAGUCAGGAGUUUUUGGCCGUUGACGACAAGAAAACGCCACGAUUCACAGACUUUGAAGGAAAGACCUCAUUUGGGAUGUCAGUGUUCAACUUGGGAAAUGCCAUUAUGGGGAGUGGGAUCCUGGGACUUGCCUAUGCCAUGGCCAACGCUGGAGUCGUCAUGUUUUUGAUACUCCUCACAGUGGUGGCGGUUCUCUCUUCGUACUCCAUUCAUCUGCUGCUAAAGUGUUCUGGGAUUGUAGGUAUCCGGGCCUACGAGCAGCUGGGCUUCAGAGCGUUUGGGACUCCAGGCAAGAUGGCGGCAGGUAUCGCCAUCACACUGCAGAACAUCGGAGCCAUGUCCAGUUACCUGUAUAUAGUGAAGUAUGAGUUUCCUCUGGUGAUCCAGGCUUUCCUGAAGGUGGACAAGCCCGCAGGAGAGUGGUACCUGAACGGAAACUACCUGGUGGUGAUCGUGUCCAUAGCGGUGAUCUUACCUCUGGCUCUGAUGAAGCAGCUCGGUUACCUUGGAUACACCAGUGGCUUCUCCUUGAGCUGUAUGGUGUUCUUUCUCAUUGCGGUCAUAUACAAGAAGUUCAACCUCCCUUGCCCCUUCACAGAGUUUGCUUUUAACGGCACAACUCACAGCCCCAUUCUGAACACUACAGAUCCGGGAGGGGAGGAGGACGACACCUGUGUCCCCAAAAUGGCCAACCUCAACUCUCAAACGGCCUACACCAUCCCUAUCCUGGCCUUUGCCUUUGUGUGCCACCCCGAGGUGCUGCCCAUCUACACAGAGCUGCGCAAUGCCACAAAGAAGAAGAUGCAGCAUGUAGCUAACAUCUCCAUAGCCGUCAUGUACAUUAUGUAUUUCCUGGCUGCUCUUUUUGGAUACCUCACUUUCUAUGGUGAGGUGGAGGCGGAGCUGCUGCACACGUACAGUCGCAUUGACCCGUACGACACUCUGAUCCUGUGUGUGCGUGUGGCCGUGCUCACAGCUGUCACCCUCACUGUGCCCAUCGUAUUAUUCCCGGUUCGGAGAGCGAUCCAGCAGAUGAUGUUUCCUAACAAGACGUUUAACUGGCCUCGACAUAUCGCCAUAGCCUUAGUCCUGCUCACCUUUAUAAACCUGCUGGUCAUCUUUGCACCCAACAUCCUGGGCAUCUUUGGAAUCAUAGGUGCCACCUCCGCCCCGUGCCUCAUAUUUAUUUUCCCUGCCGUUUUCUAUAUUCGCAUUGUACCCAAAGAAGAGGAGCCUCUGCGUUCACCUCCCAAAAUACUGGCUGCGUGUUUUGCUGGUCUGGGCUUCUUGUUCAUGAUCAUGAGUCUGAGCUUUAUCAUCAUCGACUGGACUUCAGGGUCGAGCAAAGCCAGCAGCGCCCACUAG